AUGCCGGGCAUGCGCUGUGACAAAUGGGAGUACGAGAAAGAGAAGUACCGAGUAAGCCUUUCCGCAAUCCCUUUUCCCGCUACCAAUUCCUCCCCAUUACCAAUUCCCACCUCCCUGCUUCCCCUUCCCGCUCCCCAUUACCCCUUCCCGCCUCCCCGUUUCCCCAUCCCGCUCCCCAUCUCCCCUUCCCGCCUCCCCAUCACUCAUUUCUUUGAACCAUUUUCGUCCUUCCACCUCCUAUGCAUCUCCUUUCCCUACCUAUGCAUCAGCUAUCCCUACCUAUUCAUCUCUCUUCCUUGCCUUCGCAUCAACCCUCCAUGCCUCGCAACCAUCUCUCCCGCAUCCCCUACUUGCCUUCGCCUACCCUUCCUUCCCCCGCCAUACCCUUCCAUCUCCAGCGAUACUCUCCCAUCCCAUCCCCUUCAAACCCCUCUCAUCCCAUCCCCUUCAAACCCCUCUCAUCCCAUCCCCUUCAAACCCCUCUCAUCCCAUCCCCUUCAAACCCCUCUCAUCCCAUCCCCUUCAAACCCCUCUCAUCCCAUCCCCUUCAAACCCCUCUCAUCCCAUCCCCUUCAAACCCCUCUCAUCCCAUCCCCUUCAAACCCCUCUCAUCCCAUCCCCUUCAAACCCCUCUCAUCCCAUCCCCUUCAAACCCCUCUCAUCCCAUCCCCUUCAAACCCCUCUCAUCCCAUCCCCUUCAAACCCCUCUCAUCCCAUCCCCUUCAAACCCCUCUCAUCCCAUCCCCUUCAAACCCCUCUCAUCCCAUCCCCUUCAAACCCCUCUCAUCCCAUCCCCUUCAAACCCCUCUCAUCCCAUCCCCUUCAAACCCCUCUCAUCCCAUCCCCUUCAAACCCCUCUCAUCCCAUCCCCUUCAAACCCCUCUCAUCCCAUCCCCUUCAAACCCCUCUCAUCCCAUCCCCUUCAAACCCCUCUCAUCCCAUCCCCUUCAAACCCCUCUCAUCCCAUCCCCUUCAAACCCCUCUCAUCCCAUCCCCUUCAAACCCCUCUCAUCCCAUCCCCUUCAAACCCCUCUCAUCCCAUCCCCUUCAAACCCCUCUCAUCCCAUCCCCUUCAAACCCCUCUCAUCCCAUCCCCUUCAAGCCCCUCUCAUCCCAUCCCCUUCCAGCCCCUCUCAUCCCAUCCCCUUCCAGCCCCUCUCAUCCCAUCCCCUUCCAGCCCCUUCGAUCCUCUUUCAGUCCCUCCCACCCCGGCAAUAA